AUGCCAACAAAAGUGAUUCCAUCUCUUCGUACUUUACCUGUCGAACUUCUCUAUCGAAUACUCGAAUAUCUCGAUGUUCAAACAAUUCUUCUAUCACUUCGUAAGGUCUGCACGAAAUUUUAUACGAUUACCGAGAAUUUUGACCGUUAUAAACUUGAUUUAAGUUCAAGUACAAAGCAUGAUUUCCAUUUAAUUUGUCAUCUUAUUCAUCCUGAAAGUGUUAUGUCAAUUAUUGUAUCCGAUGGAGAAAAGACACCUGGUCAAAUAAAAUUAUUUUUUUCUCUUUUUCAAAUUCAACAAUUUAUUCGUCUUCGUUCAUUAACACUUAAUCAUAUCGAUUGUAAAGAUUUAAAUGAAAUUCUUCAUGAUAUUCUUCAUUGUUCACUUUUAUCCUUAUCAUUUCAUACAAGAGGAAAACGAAAUAAAUCAACAUUAAGACUUCUAUCAAUGUUUACUACUAGAUCUAGUCUUCGACAACUUUCUAUCAAUACUCAUGCUCAUCAUGUUGCUGAAAUAUUUAGUUCAAUUCAAUCGAAUCUUCAACAUUUGAAUAUUGGAACAUGUACAUAUGAAGAAUAUCAUAAGAUACUUCGACAUUGUCCUCAUUUACGAACACUUAUCAUUGAUGAUUGUUGGAUGACAGAUAUUGGUGAAACCAAUUCAAUAGGUUCACGAGGAAUAUUCUAUCCUCAAUUAAUUUCAUUGACAUUCAAAGAUACGAACAGAUCAAUGAUACAAUUACAUUUACUUCUUUCAUUUACACCUUCAUUGACUUAUUUGAAAUUAAUUAAUUUUCCAUUUGCACAUAAUUCUCUUAUUGAUGGUUAUCAAUGGGAAAUAUUUAUUAAAAGAAAAUUAUUAUUAUUAAAAAAAUUCGAAUUUCUUUUUCAUCAACAAUUGUUAAGAACAUAUAAUUCUUCAUCUGAUAUCGAAUCACUUCUUUUACCAUUUCGAACAUCAUUUUGGCUUGAAGAAAAACAUUGGUUUGUCAUAUGUGAUUAUAUCAAAAGUUGUCAUCAAACAAAAUUUUAUUCAAUACCAUAUUGUCCUAUCUCAUUUGAUUAUCAUCUUGAUCCAGAUCAUAUUUCAUUAUCUACAUCAAUGAUAAAAACCUAUGAUCCAAUAAUCCUGGAUAAUGUACAUUGUUUAUCAUUAAAUUUGACAGAAUUGAAAAGUAAAGGAAUGAGAAAACUGGUAUGUAGUAAUAAUUUAAUUGUUCAAGUAGAACAAGCUUCUUAUCAUUUCGAGAUCAACAGAAUAGGGAUGUGCGAGACUGGAAAUGAAAUUGGACUUAGAAACUUUUGUCGUGUAUAA